AUGAACGCCCUGACCAUACGGCUGAAAAUUCGGCACCCCCACAUGGCCCUGCAAGACUUGCAAAGAGUGUACGUUAAGGAGAUAAACAAAAAGUUGAAACAUAUGCAGGUGAUCGACAUGCGAAGUGUUCCCAAUUUUUUUGACGCGCGGCUAAAUUGCAUACAUAGGACCUACUUAUACUUCUUCAUGGACAAGAAUUACAAUUUCGAGCGAAUGAAGGAGGGCUGCAAGUUAUUCCUGGGGGAACACGAUUUUUCAAAUUUUUGCAAGAAGAGGAAAAACAGCACCUGCUUCAGAAGGACCAUCCUCAAGUUUGAGGUCAGGCGCAUGGAUAAAAAGUUCCACUACUUCAAAAUAAAGGGAACAUCCUUUCUGUACAACCAGAUUAGACACAUGGUCGCCGCACUAUUCCAGUUGGGCACAGGGAACCUGGAAGUGGAGGACCUAGCCAACAUGCUGAACAACCACCCCUGUAGGGAUAAGAACUUCAAAAUAGCGGAUGAAGAUGGGCUGCUGUUAUAUUCCUUCAAAUUUAGCGACCUUAACUUUAACGUCCACGUUGACAACCGCGUGUUUUCUCACCUGAUGGAAAAGGCCAUACAGAGUGCGGUGCUCUUGGUUUCUCUCUGCUACCCUCGGAAGGUGAAGCGACCGAAUUGCGGCUUUUUUGAAGACAUCCUCGAUGAAGAUGACCAUGGCGAGGGCGAUGAGAAGUGCCCCCCUUAG